GUAAGGCUGGGGCCUGGGGCAGUUGCCUAUUUUGCCCAGUCGAGAUGGGUUGCCAUUCUGUUAGUCUUAUAGUCUGCUAGCGGCGAUCUUUUUCAGUCUGGAUGGUCUGUCUGGGUCUGCUCCUCCAGCCCCCACCCCCCAACCCUCCCUCUCUGACCGCCGUCCGCCAUUGUCCCCAUCCCUUCCUCCCCCACGGAUCACUGACAGGAGGAGAGAGGAGGAGGCGGGCUGUAAAUCAGAGCACGUCCCAUAACACACACACACACACACACACACACACUCACACACACACACUCCUCUGCUCAGCUGAAAGCACCACGGGGCACUAAAGGAGAAUGUGUCACAGUAUGUUAAGAUGAGGAUAGUCCAUGUACCACACGGAGCUCCAGGGUCGUGAUGUAGGCUGUGUGAGGAGUCUCGGGUCUCGGGGUGGGCGCUGACAGGCUGCUGGACCGGUCGCUCCUCUGCGCCCCUCGGCUGCCGGCUGCCGGCUCAGCUCCCCGGCGUCCCGGCGCUCCCUGUCUCAUGCGAAACAGAACGGUCCCGGCAAGCUCCAGCAACACAAAGUCCAAUGGUUUUUGCUUCUGCAGCUGCACCGGACCCCAGCCACAGGGCAUGGAUAUAUCUGAACUGGAGUUUGUUCAGAUGAUAAUUAUCCUGCUGGUGAUGACCUUCAUGAUGGUCGUGAUCAUCUGCCUGCUCAACCACUACCGGUUGUCAGCCCUGGCCUUCAUCAGCAGGCUCAGCCACACCCAGAGAGACCAGGCCACACAACUGGAUGCCAGCGUGUGGUCAGACAGUGUGCUGACUCAGCAGAGAAACGGUGAGGUGAUGUGUAGCCACCUGAACAGGAACUUGCCACGUUUCAUGCAGCAGCAGCAACUGUGUCGCUUGCAGCCCACCUACCCCCACCUGCCACAGGAGAUCAUCAACCUUCCCCCGAUCAUCUGCCUGUCAGAUGGGGAGGAGCUGCCGCCCUACAAGGGUCCAUGUAGCUUACAGCUCCGCCACCCAGACCAGCAGCUGGAGCUGAUCCGAGCCGCUGUGCGUGCUCCCCCGAACCGGACCGUUUUUGAUAGUGACCUCAUAGACAUUUAUAUACACAGCAAGAGACUACAGACCCCCAAAAGUAACUCUGGAACCAAUGAUUCCAGUGCAAGGAUGGAGGGUCCCCCGCCCUCCUACAGUGAGGUGAUGGGGGAUUACCCUGCCUCUACAGCCUGGUUAGGACCUAACAGUUCACAGACAGUGUUCCACACUGGCAGCAGUGACCCUGUAAGCACAAGAAAGGCCUCCACUGACUUAAACAAGAAGAGUUGACGGAAGGAAGCAGAAGGGAACUGAAAUAUACUGAACAGUCUCUAUCACACCUGAGAGGAGAGCUCUACCGCCACACUAAAGACGAACUAAUCCCAGGUGCUGAAGAUUUUAUAGGGCGGGUCCGUUAUUUUUUGUUUUUUUUGAGGUUUUUAUAUUGUUCUGAAGCUUCACAUCAGUGUCCCAUAUGUAUUCAAAUCCAAAAAUUCAAAUUUUGGUCGAAGUACGUAUGUUUUAGCGUCACAAUGCUAAAAAACCUUCUAAAAACUUUUUUCCCACAUGACCUGACGCAGGUUUUCUGCAUGAUGAGGUUGCUACAUAUAAAGUGAAAUAAACCCUCUAGCCCGCCUAGCCAGUAGCCACAGAGACAGACUGAGUACUCAUUGUUGCUACCGCUCUGCUAAACGCGCUAACAGACACACACAGACGGCGCAGUCACUGUUCCUGCUGCUCAUAGUUUGAAAAGUAAACUCUGAGCUCUCCUCCUCCCACGAGGAAACGACUCCAGAUCUCAGCGGCACUCAGCAGUUGUCUGUCCCUCCACUCAUCUCACACACUCAGACUCAGCACUGCGACAUCACUCGUAGUAUAUCUGGACAAUUUUUCAUGGGAGAGGCGCUCUAACCCAUUGCUAACGGCUGAGCGGGCGUUUCCAUUUGAACAACCCACAAAAAACACAGAUGGAGUUGUCCUUUAAGGAAUAUUAAAGCUGCAAGAUAUUUUUAUUAGGUGCUAAAAAUCUCUCCUUUUGUAUGCGUUUCUUUUCUGUAUGCUGAUGUUAUGUACAUGCUGAGCCCAGUCAUUUGGAAAUAAGUGAUUUUCUGUUUUGAUUCACCAGACCGUGAUUCACACUGCUGUUAGUCAUGGGGAUGUGAUGUAAGAGAAUCAGAAGUCACUCUGACUUGUUUCAAAGCAGAGGAUGCAUAGCAAUAUGUAGUCUAGCUCAGUGCCAUUGCAUUGAACUGCACUGACUUGGGUUGAUGCUCAUACUGAACCAUUGAAUUCAAAAGCAUUGUAGUUGAAUACAUUUUAGUUAUUUAAAGAUAAUUCUAGUGUUAAACAGUUUACAUUUGAAUGUGAACGACUGAAAUGGAAUUAAAUUAAUACAGCAACAAUGAAUGAAUCCAGUAAUGAAUCCAUUAAUUGUUUAGUCUAUGAGAUGUCACAGAAUAAUGACAAAUAACCCUCAUAAGUUCCCAGAGCUUAAAGUAAGGUCUUCAGAUUCCUUGUUACCCCCUUAUUUAAUUAACAGUGAUAUAAAACAAGCAGCAAGAGAUUGGAACACAGCAAGUAUUUGGCAUUUUGCAUGAUAAUAAUUUAAAUGACAAAUGGAUCAUCUAUAAUUUACUGUGUAGCUGUGGUGACACACAGUAAGAUUCAAGUUCAGCCUCAAAAAUAGGAAUAGCUUUAAAUUCAGAAGUUCAGUAUGAGCAGGGCAGUGUGUGCCGGCACUGAUUUCACAUCAAACCAUCCAGCCGCACACUAGAGUACAUCAAAUCCAGGAUGAGCUUAAAAUGACAUAAACACUAUUUAAACAUCAACACUGAUGAGAGAUAUUAUAUUGUAUAUUAGGGUAGGGCUAGAGUUAGGGUUAGGACAUGUGCCAAUAAGAAAACCACAUUUUUCUAAUGAAUCAUCUCAACUUUUAAUAUUUGUCACACACUUGUUUUUCAAAAAAACAUGCCAUGUGUAUGUGUGAAAUGAAAUGACUCUGUCAGUGAUGUCGUUUCUACUGAAGACUCACUGAUAACAGCUGGAACUGUCGUCCAUACACGUUACAGAAAAGAAAUAACGGCAAUAUCUCUGUACCUGGACAAAAUGUUUUGAAGUGCUUUUGAGACCUGAUGCCAUGGAGCCAGUGCUUGUUAGUGGGAUAUGCUUUGGAUGAACCCACAUAAAAGAGUAUUUAUUUUUAUUUAUCUAAUGUUGCUGCUUGAUGAAAUGUUAACAUGUAUUUGUGAUUUAGCAGAAUUUGAAUUUCAGCCACUCAACUUUUAGUUUGACCAUAAUCUCCCACAGUGUAGCCUGAGCAGGGACUCAGAACCCAGGUUACCUGUUGUUUAGCUCUUGCUACAUGCUGCUGCUGCUUUAUUCUGCUGCUAUCUGUUUUAGUAUGUUCCCUUUUCCAUUUUCAUGUGUUCAAAUUUGUAUGUAGGGAAAAAUAUCAAACAUAGAUUUUUGUCUCCUUAAACAUGCCUUUUUCCUCUUGUAAUUUCCAGUUUACAGUUUUUCAGACUUGUUUUCAGUAGGGUUUGCACGUUACAUGAAUAUGAGCUAACUCUGUGCCUGAUGGUGACACUGGAUCGACCACAGGAAACCACUUGCACUCAAAAAGCCCCCACCUCUGUUGUGCCUCACUUCUAAUGGUGCUUUUUCAGCAGUCUGACUCCUGAGUCUUUAUCUGUACAGUACUGUAUAUAAACGUUAAUAUAUUAUGCACGUGCCCUACCCAGUGGGUAGAAAAACCACAAGAGAACAUUGCUACUGUAACAAUGUAAAGACAUUAAAGCAAA